ACCUAUUGUCCUCUCCAGUUCAGUUUCGGUGGGUUGCAAGUAUGGCGUCCAACGCUUUCAGCGAAAUAACCGAGGAAUUUCUCGUCUGCCAGAUCUGUUUGGAGGACUUCAGGCAGCCUAAGGUGCUGCCGUGUCUUCACACCUUCUGCCAGCCGUGUUUGGAGAGGCUCCUGGUCACAGAGCCGGUAGGGAAACUCUCCUGUCCGACGUGCCGACAGGACGUGCCCCUCCCACAAAAUGGCGUCCAGGGGCUGAAGUCCAACUUCCUCGUUUGUAAAUUGCACGACAUUAUGCGACAACAACCAAAAGUUAGCGGAAAAACAUCGGAGUCACAGAGGGAGGGAAUCCCCUGUACGGCCUGUGCGAGAGGUAUCCCUGCCGAGUUCUACUGUGUGGAGUGUACCGACUAUCUGUGUCACGUAUGUAACGACACGCACCGUGGGCUCAAGGGGACCAGGUCCCACAAAGUUCUAACGAUUCAAGACCUACAAUCAGGGCGACUCGCCAAUGAGAUUCGGGCAAGAAAAUCAUCCAAGUGUGAGGAUCACAAUGAACUGAACAAGUUCUACUGUGACACCUGUCACCGGGUCAUCUGUCUGCACUGUGUGGUACCUGCACACAAAGAUCACCAGUAUGUGGAGAUAGAGAAGGCGGCAGAGAGGGAGAGGACAAAGAUCAAGGCAAAACUGUCGUCAGUCAAAAACACAGCAGACCUCCAUGAGAAGUGGAUAGAAGAGUUACAGUCAGUGAAGAACAAUUGGCCUUCACAGGUGCAGUGUGCAGAAAAAGAGAUAGAAAAACAGGCAGAGGCUAUCAUAGAGGCCGUUCAGAAGGUGAAAAGUGAGAAAAUCAGUCAGCUCCGGGCCAUGAAUGCUGCUCGGGAGAAACAGAUGGAAGCCGCCAUGGAGGCAGCUGAGAUGGACCUGGCCUCAGCCAAGAGCUGUGUCCAGUUCACGGACAAUGUGUUGGAGUACGGGAGUCCAGCGGAGGUCAUGUCUGUGGCCGGAGAACUGACAGUACGGUUAGAGCAAACCACUGACACGGAAAUCGCAAAGAGGGCUGAUCUGACCAAUGGUUUCAUGGACUUGACCUUUGACCUACCUGCUUGUGACCUAGAACGUGACGUGUCAAAAUUGAUAGGCGGGAUAAAAGAAACAAGAGUGUCAUUUACGAAAAUGUCACCAGUUCCGAUAAACGUGGAAAUAGGUACCCGACGCGGAAGUCCUACACUACUAAAAACUGUUGGUCAGAAAGGCAGUAGAGAUGGACAGUUUAACUUCCCUACAUCACUCGCUGUCACCACAGAUGGAGACAUUGUAGUGACUGAAAGUAACAACUUUCGUCUCCAGUUUCUUGACAAAGAUGACUCCUUCAAGAAGAAAGUUGAACUGGAGUUCAACCCACGGUGUGUUGCGACACUGUCAAACGGUGAUCUGUUGGUGACAGGAGACGGACACAAGAUUCACGUACUGGACAAACAGGGGAGGGAGUCACGUGUCAUCAAGGUGAUAGGUGCUGCAGAGAAUGAUAAAACUACACUCGGUAUCGCUGUUGACAGUUUAGAGCGUAUCAUCGUCACUAUCGGGUACCAAGUGUUUGUACUUAGUUCCACAGGUGACGUCAUUUUGAAGUUCGGGGACAAAGGUCAAAGGCAGCAGCAAUUGGGUCCCUACCUUCGUCUGACCGUCAACAGCAGUAACCAAAUUAUCAUCAGUGACUGGGACAACCACAACCUGAAGAUAUUUGACCCCACCGGUCGUUAUCUGUUCACGUGCGGGUCACGUGGCUCGGGACCUGGACAGCUGUUCUUCCCCUACUGUGUCAUCACGGACGGCGAGGACAACAUCAUCGUGGCUGACUGGAACAAUCAUCGUGUUUCCUUGUUCAGUCGGGACGGCACGUUUAUCAGACAUGUGCUGACACGGGAGGAACACGGACUGAACUAUCCAAGGGGACUAACGCUGACUCGAGACGACUAUUUGCUUGUGUCUAAUCAACAUUGUAUCAAGAUAUUCAAGAUCCGUGUUUGGAGAAGCUCCUUGGCCACAGAGCCGGUAGGGAAACUCUCCUGUCCGACGUGCCGACAGGACGUGCCCCUCCCAGAAAAUGGCGUCCAGGGGCUGAAGUCCAACUUCCUCGUUGGUAAAUUGCACGACAUUAUGCGACAACAACCAAAAGUUAGCGGAAAAACAUCGGAGUCACAGAGGGAGGGAAUCCCCUGUACGGCGUGUGCGAGAGGCAUCCCUGCCGAGUUCUACUGUGUGGAGUGUACCGACUACCUGUGUCACGUAUGUAACGACACGCACCGUGGGCUCAAGGGGACCAGGUCCCACAAAGUUAUGACGAUUCAAGACGACCUACAAUCAGGGCGACUCGCCAAUGAGAUUCGGGCAAGAGAAUCAUCCAAGUGUGAGGAUCACAAUGAACUGAACAAGUUCUACUGUGACACCUGUCACCGGGUUAUCUGUCUGCACUGUGUGGUAACGGCGCACAAAGAUCACCAGUAUGUGGAGAUAGAGAAGGCGGCAGAGAGGGAGAGGGCAAAGAUCAAGGCAAAACUGUCGUCAGUCAAGAACACAGCAGAUCUGCAUGAGAAGUGGAUAGAAGAGUUACAGUCAGUAAAGAACGAUUGGCAUUUACAGGUACAGCGUACAGAAGAACAGAUAGAAAAACAGGCAGAGGCUAUCAUAGAGGCCGUUCAGAAGGUGAAAAGUGAGAAAAUCAGUCAGCUUCGCGCCAUGAAUGCUGCUCGGGAGAAACAGAUGGAAGCCGCCAUGGAGGCAGCUGAGAUGGACCUGGCCUCAGCCAAGAGCUGUGUCCAGUUCACGGACAAUGUGUUGGAGUACGGGAGUCCAGCGGAGGUCAUGUCUGUGGCCGGAGAACUGACCGCACGGAUGGAGCAAACCGCGGACGAGAAAAUCGCAAAGAGGGCUAAACUGACUAAUGGUUUCAUGAACUUGACCUUUGACCCACCAGCUUGUGACCUAGAACGUGACGUGUCAAAAUUGAUAGGCGGGAUAAAAGAAACAAGAGCGUCAUUUACGAAAAUGUCACCCUUUCCGAUAAACGUGGAAAUAUGUACCCGACGCGGAAGUCCUACACUGCUAAAAACUGUUGGUCAGAAAGGCAGUAGAGAUGGACAGUUUAAGUUCCCUACAUCACUCGCUGUCACCACAGAUGGAGACAUUGUAGUGACUGAUAGUGACAACUUUCGUCUCCAGUUUCUUGACAAAGACGGCUCCUUCAAGAAGAAAUUUGCAUUUGAGUUUAACCCAUGUUGUGUGGCGGCACUGACAAACGGUGAUCUGUUGGUGACAGGAGACGGACACAAGAUUCAUGUACUGGACAAACAGGGGAGGGAGUUACGCGUUAUCCAGGUGAAAGGUUCUGCAGAGAAAGAUAAAACUACACAAGGUAUCGCUGUUGACGGUUUAGGGCGUAUCAUCAUCACUAUCGGGUACCAAGUGUUUGUACUUAGUCCUAGUGGUGACGUCAUUCUGAAGUUCGGGGACAAAGGUCAAGGUCAGCAGCAGUUGGGUUCCUAUCUCCGUGUGACCGUCAACAGCAGCAACCAAAUCAUCAUCAGUGACUUUGGCAACCACAACUUGAAGAUAUUUGACCCCACCGGUCGUCAUCUCUUUACCUGCGGGUCACACGGCUCGGGACUAGGACAGUUGUGCCGCCCCAACUGUGUCGUCACGGACAGCGAGGGCAACAUCAUCGUGGCUGACUUUUGGAACCAUCGUGUUUCCCUGUUCAGUCAGGACGGCACGUUUAUCAGACACGUGCUGACACCGGAGGAACACGGAAUGUGCUAUCCAAAGGGACUAACGCUGACUCAAGACGGACAUUUAUUUGUUACUGACUGUCAUUCUAUCAAGAUAUUUAAGGUGUAAAGAAAAGGCUAGUCAGAUCUUCUAAAUUCCUUCCACUGUACCAUCUGCAACAUAGUAACAAGAAAAACCAAAUAACUCUUUUAUUAGCCCGCUUCAGCGCCUACAGUUCAGUACUAUUUUCGAAGAAACUACCAUUCUUGGAUCUUUUAAUAUUUCCACUUAAUCUAUUACAUCAGCUGAUAUCAAAUACAAACCAUGCUUUUGCUUAGUGUGUAAUCUAUAAUGGAUAUGAAAAUAACAUUUCUAAUGUAUUGAUUAAAUGAAGACAAUAGUAUCUAUAGUCAGUUAUUCAUAUCCAUAUACUGUACAUGAAUUGAAGUUCGCUGAGAUUUAAUUUCGCGGAAGCGGGAAAAUGGACU